UCACGAAUGCUGCAAGUUCACGCACCGGUUUUGGCGUCCGCGAGAUACGAGAAAGAUGGAAAAGUGCGUUUUGAUACUCCAAGCGGAGGCUGUCCUGGCCCAGCAUUAAACGUGCAACGGCUAGGGAUACCCUUUCCUAUACAUGAUAUCGUAUGGAACGUGACCGAAUCUAUAUCUUUCCAAGUUUCUUAUGGAGAUGAUCGGUCGCUUGCUAGAGGAAGAGAAACACGGCGGAAUCGGCUAUUUCGUCACUCGUACAAAGGAAAGUAUAUUAGAGCGGCCCCUCAGUUGGCUUUUGUGUUCGGCGUAUGCUCACUUUGCCUCUUACUUCUUGUGGAUGAACACACCCGUUCCAUUGCGUUUCUCAGCGCUUCACUCCACUCAUGCACUUCUUCAGAUGUUCCUCUCCUGAUCCCCCGGAUCAACUGGGCGUAUCCGUAGCAGCUUCCUCCUCCUUGCUCAAGCAGUGAGAAUACACGCGUGUCGAAACUUGAUGUGGGAAACUACAGUUCAGCUAUUGGUACAUCACUUUUGCAUACAACGGAUCUUUGCUCAAAUCCAUCAUGUUGUGUGUAUCUCGUGCCCCUCCAGCUUCCCCCGCUCAAUUUCCGGUCACCCCCGACGAGACAUGAGCAACGGCGAGACGAUUCAGACAUUGGACCUGAAACGGUUCAUUUGCCGCCUCUGAAUUCCCCGACCUCUUCCGCUUCUUCUCGCAGGCCCCCUCAGCCGGGUCUGCCUACGACGGAACACGAAAGGCGCUGUGAGACAGCAGAACGCCUGCGCAGACUGGGAAUUGAUCCAGACACAGCUCGUCGACUUCAGACAUUCUCAGUAAGGCUUUACUCCCGGAGUUGAGCAUACGAGAGCCCCCGAGGAUCGCGAGUCAAGAAGUGUGAAUACUUUCUUACUUUACGGAGGAGAUGCUUUUUUUGCACUGUUGUGCUCAGCCAGAGCAGGUCGAAGUCGGAGCGGGUCACGUCCUGGCAGUCCUCUGGCCAGAAGGAACAUCGGAGGGUGGCCGGAAGAAAGGGUCAACGCUGCAAGAGCUCCAAGACGAGAUCGAACGAUGCAGGAUCGCGAACGAGGAGAUGAAGCGAGCUGUAAACGAUGAACGGGAAAGGUACGGCGCCACGAUCAGGGACCUCAAGCUCCUCUGCCUCACACAGGACGACGCUGAGGUUGCUCGGACCCAGUCCCGCCUCCGUCAGUACCACGGUCUCCGGCAGACGCUUGCGGAGAAGUCUCCAGUUCCUGAUUCCGCCGCGGCUGAGUCAGAUCGUUUCGUCCUCGAUCAAAUCGCCAUGCUGAAUGCGGAGCUCGAGCUGGCACUGGCAGAGAAGCAAGCACAGAAACAAAAGCGGUCCUUGAAUGGCCUUCGCGGCCAGCCACUGACGGUUGACAAUAGGGGGUGCCGCUCAACGUCGGCCCAGAAAGCUGGGCAAAGAUUUGCUCCAGAAAUGGAAAGUCCAGGGUUGCACCAAGAACUUCUUAUCUCUGUCACCACAUUGCAACAGGAGAAUCAACGACUCUACGAAGAGAACGUCCAGAUUCGACGCGCCCUCGCCGCCCACGGAAAGGCUACUGGCACCAGUCAAGGUCCAGCAGGGGCGCUUCUCAGCGGGCCGGCGCCACCUGCUCGGCAUCCCUUGGUUCCUAGAGCUACAGAGAGAGCGGCUCCGAUUCCGAAAGUGUCAGAUGGAUAUCCGCUGAGGUCCCGUAGGGCUCCUGGCGGCCGCGCAUGCAUGAGCCAGUGGAGCAAACUGCUGCGGGGUAGAGAUGGAGAGGACAGGAUACUCAGUGAAGCAAAACUGCGGCGAUUUCUCGAGCAGGAAGGCGCUGUCCUCUCUCCGUCCUUCAGUCAAGCAGACAUCGCGAAAAGUCUCUUGAUCGUCUACCGGAAUACACAUGAGAAGAUGAAAUACUAUCGAAGACGAAACAGGGUUCUCCAAACAAAGCUCUCGAAGCAGCGGAGGCGAGUACCGGACAGUCGAAAAAGACAGGAUGGGAAGGAGGUAGACAUUGGAGACGAAGCGUUCAGCUUGGAGUGGAAAGUAGGGACUCUAGAGGCAGAGAUCAGCCGUCUCCGCCGAUCGCUGGAACUGAGCACUGGUACGUGUCUGUCUCUGGCGACGAUUCACAACUUUUUUCUUGAGCAGAAGGCGAUUCUGCAGAGGCAACUGGAGGGAGAACGCGCGGACAUCGAGUCGCUGGAGGAUGAGUGCGGUACCAUGAAGGAAAUGAGACUACUAUGUUUCGCUGAGGAAGAAGAGAAUGCGGAAGCCGGGGGAGACAUCCUGAACAGCCUCGUCGGGGAGGCUGGAGAGACGGGCCACCAAACAAGGCGCGGUACGGGUCUUUCCGGCAGAUCUGACGGAGUCGAAGAGGCAUUCCUCGCUGCCUACGAGGCAGUCAUGAACGCCGUAGAAGCUCUGAAGACUCGACACGCGCAGACGGCCGCAAGACUGGCUCAGAUCCAGACGGGUCUCAUCAGCGUGGAGCAGGAUCUCAAGAUUUUGGACAGAGAGCAGCGCGCGCAGCUCGAAAAGCACAUGCAAGAUUUGGCUGACAGAGGCGCAGAGAGCGAAGGCGGAGGCGCUUGGACUCGCAAACCGUGUUACGUAAGACAGGCCAUUGGACCUGGAUCUGCAGAUCGGGAGGCACAGACUGACAACUCUGGAAUUGCUUCACGAAGGCACUUGUACACUGGGGACUUUCCUGUGAGCGAUAGCACCACGGCUCUGGUGACUGUGUCAAUCAUCAACGAAGAAGAUGUGGUGGUCAAACUCAUGCUCGAAGACAUGGAGUUCCCACUCUGUCUGUACACGGCGAUCGCGGCGAUAAGGUUUCCGGAAGGAAGCCGGACAGGAGAAGGCGGCGCCAGUUCGGAAAAAGGAGGGCACAUGUCACGGCUGGCCAAGGAAGGCGGGACCAGUCCACUCUCCGAUAACGCCCGCAGAGAAACGCGACGAAAUGUGGUGAAACGCCGACGUCUGGCCGACGAAACAGAUGGGAAACUGAUUGCGACUAUGCUCGAAGUCGAGUGCGUGCGUGGGUCACCUUGCUUGAUUCUGAAGGACCAGCAGGAGCCCGCUGCGCCAACCCAAGAACCUCGGCCCUUCAUAUCCUACGUAGAAGACUGCUUGUACAACGACAAGCUCUCCUUCGACCAUGUGCUCCUCGUCUGCGGCACUCCGCUCUCCUUGAUCAUGAUUCAGUGCGCAAAACGUCGGUACGGAAUGAUGUUCUUCCACCUCUGUAUGUACAACAAUUUGUCUGGGUGGGUGAAGUAUGUCUCUCUGCCGUCCAAAGAAAUCUGCCGCCGCUUCGGGCACUCCGGAGACAGGCAGCUGCUGGAAGCCCUCGGUGGCUUGAAGCGGAGUGGAAAAGUUGCAGAAACCGCCACCGUGGGUACACUAAUCAAACUGUUUGAGGAGUCGUUUGCGUCUGACGCAAAGGCCGCUGCUACAAGCGCCUCUGCCUCUCCCUCGUCCAGACCGUUCGAACCGGAAGUGCUUGUGCUCUGCGGCUCACUGACCCUCGGAGAAAAGUCGGAAAUCCUCAAAGAGCAAAAACUUCAGGCAGCCAAGCUAAAGCAAACUUCUCGAAAAUCAAAGCGUCUCGACGCGCAGCGUACGCCCCUCGGUCUCGACGCCAGUCUCUCCGUGUCGAUGCAAGACUACUCUGUGGCCCGAACGACGAGUGCGCUAGGCCUCAACAGUUCUCCUUUCGCAGAAGAAAAGCCAGAUGAAGCGUUUGUCUUCUUGCAGCUGAAAAUAUGCAUUGACUGGGAUGGCUAUCUCGACGUCUCAUUCGAAUUCGAAAACUGA